GGCGGCGGGGCGGCGCUGAGCGGGGCCGGGCAUGGCGGAGCUGGCGGCGGCCGAGGGCCCCCCCCGGGGCCGCACCCCCAGCCCCGGCCCCGCUCCGGUUGCCGGGGGGGUCCCGGGACCGCCCAGCCCCCGUUCGGCCGCUCCGGGGGUUUCGGGAACGGGCCCGGCCGCCUCCAAGUGGGUGCGGCUGAACGUGGGCGGCACGUACUUCGUCAGCACCCGGCAGACGCUGUGCAGGGAGCCCAAAUCCUUCCUCUGCCGCCUCUGCUGCCAGGACGGGCCCGAGCUGGGCUCCGACAAGGAUGAGACAGGCGCGUAUCUCAUCGAUAGAGACCCCACCUAUUUUGGCCCAAUACUGAACUACCUCCGCCACGGGAAGCUUAUCAUAAACAAGGAGCUCGCAGAAGAAGGGGUCCUGGAAGAAGCCGAGUUCUACAAUAUCGCAUCUCUCGUGCGACUGGUGAAGGAGCGGAUACGGGAUAACGAGAACAGAACCUCUCAAGGACCUGUGAAGCACGUGUACAGAGUCCUGCAGUGCCAAGAGGAGGAGCUCACACAGAUGGUGUCCACGAUGUCUGAUGGGUGGAAAUUUGAACAGCUAAUCAGCAUUGGAUCUUCCUAUAACUACGGAAACGAAGACCAGGCAGAAUUCCUCUGUGUCGUGUCCAGGGAACUCAACAAUUCCACCAACGGCAUUGUCAAAGAGCCCAGUGAGAAGGCAAAGAUUCUUCAAGAGCGAGGAUCCCGGAUGUAAUUCAAGUGUCUACUCCUCUAAAAAUCCCAGAUGUCAAAAGGGCAAUCUAGCUGGGCAGAGCAUCUCUCCGCAGUGCAACCUUGCCCCUGUACAGUAACCAAGCUAACACAAAGCCGAGCCUGUCCUGCCAAUGGCGAGUACUUCUGGUCAGAACCAAAGGCUUCCCUCCUUCUCUGGAAACCAAGAAAAGAAGAGACUCUUCCAGUUGGAUAGUCCUUUCUACAAGUAUCCAUUUUAUUUUCUUGGCCAGCGCUGUAUUGAAUUUUUCCAACAAUGGCUGGGCUGGAUUCCCAGAUGGAGCCUUUGCAAAGGUUGCUCAGGUCCCCAGGCCCUCGUAGUCAGUCCCACCUUGCGCAGGCUGCCACGGGUGGGAGGAUCUGUUUGAGCUGUGCCAUUUCUUGCACCCAGGUCUACCACCACCAGAAAAGUGCAAGGACCUUGCAACGCUCCCCCUCCUGAUCAGCCACCCCCCACACACAGAUCAGAACAGGGUUUUAAAAGGAGGAACAAAGCAACCAAUUGUAAAAAGAAAAACACUUUUUUCAUUCUUGCUUUGUAUUUGUUCCUUGUUCCAUUCCUAAGAGCUGAGUUUAGAUACUAAGGGGAGGGGAGUUGUGUGUACAUCCAACGUGGGUCAUGCUGUUAAUGCUAUUACGUAUGGGCUCCUGGCAUUUUCCAAAGCCCGUUGCUUCUCAUGCAUAAAAAGAGACCCGUGUUCACCCAGAGUGGUGGUAGAAUAAUAGUUCUGUCCUGUACGCUUCUCUGUUGAAGAAGAGUGGCAACAUCUUUUCCCCUUUGCUACCUUGCCAUGACCAUAUCUUAGCCUGGUACAAAGUCACAAGUUUAGGGACUUGUUGCUGCCAAGUUCAGCUUUGCCUUGUUUGUCUCCAGCAGCAUGAGCUCCACUGCCUUCCUUCUCACCAGAGUACUUAGGGCAGAAUUUCUUUUGUACUGUAGCAAGCAGGUAGGUUUGUUUUCACCCACGAGAUUCUUUGCGGAAGAGAUCCCCUAUUUACACCCAAUGAUUUAUCUGCGGCCCCCUCGUGUAUCCACCUUCAAGAGACCACCUCAAAUUACAGAGGGGCAUCACAGAGCUGGGGAGGGGUGGUGGUGGUGAAAAGUUGCCAAACUGUUGUAAUGUUUCUUGUCCAAAGUGGCGUAUCGACUUCUGUGACUUUUUUUUUUUUGGAAUGCCUUGGAUGGAUGUGCAAAAUGUUUGUUUGUGCCUCUGGAAUCUAAUCUUAGCCAAACUGCAGUCACUGCUUCUCCUCUGUUAACCUGUGCCAUCCCUAACCAAGGGCAUGUCCCUCCUUGUCUGGUAAAUGGAAUUUCUUAGGAAUUCACUGCUGCAUGUUUUUCUCCUUUCAUCCUGGCUUUGUUCUUUGUAGCCUAAGUGUCCUGGUAUUUGGGUCUUUUGAGUCAAGUCCCAAACUGACAGUAAACGCAAAGCUUCAGAGAUGCUGGAAUUCACAGACAUUGCUCAGAGCAGGUGAUUCUCAGUAAAGUAUCAGAAAAUUCCUCACCUGGACUGAGGAGCCGGGCUUCUUCCUGGAGGAAUUCAGCUACCUGUGGUCUCCUUGAAGUGUUAAGAUAGAAACAGGCGUUUCCCACCUGAUCACUUACUGCUGGCAGGGCUACCCUCAAGGGUAGCAGAACAUUACUAAAGGCCUGACAGCCAGUUCAGCAGCAAAGGCACUGAGCAACACUGCUGCACUUGGCCUCUUUUCAGUCCUUCUGUAUGUACACUGACCUGGCCUUUCCCAUCCUUCUUUGCCAAUAUACCUCCUCCUCUGGAGGUUCUGCCUCCUUCUCAAGAGUGACUGGUCAAUUAUCUGUGCUAGUUUAAUCCUGGUAGCAAGAGACCAUGCCAAAUGUCUUUGAAUUCACAUCGUGUCAGUUACAGGCUGUUGAAACGCAGCUGGCUUGCCAUCAUGCUGAGAAGCCAGCUCUCCUUCUCUCCAUCUUCCCUGUUUCUAAUGUAUUGAGAUGAUAUUGGUGUGAUUAGACCACACGCCUUGGCUGGGCCUAAAUAACACUGUGAUGUGUAUAGAUAUCUCUCCUCUGUCAGUAUCUCGUAGCCUCAGUCAUUGUCCAUCUGUGCUCACAGCUGAGAAAUCCAGAAGUGCAUGUAUGCAAGUUAACAGCCUAAAAAGCCCUCUGACUCUCACAUUCAUCUGUCUUCUCUCCCUUCCUUGGAGGAGGGAGUCUCCAGGAACUGGUCAAGAAAUAGCAAACUAAAGGCAACAGGAACUGCUUGAGCCGCAUUUGUCACAUCAGUGCCAGCUGAGCACCUUCCUGUUCAAACCGUGGAGCUCACAGCAACGCUAGCGAUCGUGUGAAGGGAGACGUUCUGUCCAGUACAGCUCAAGUAGAUAAAAUACCUCGUUGCUUCUUUUGUAUCUCCAAAAGCACCAUACGUGUUGAAGCCCACCAGAAGACUGCCUGAUGCAAGAGCGAUACCAUCACUCUCCCCACCGAGCCAGAGAGAGCCUAAGAACUACCACUACCAGUUGAGUGGAAUGGUUGUUUAACCGAUACACAGGACAGACUAUCAGCGUUGCAUCUUGGUUCUCCAGGGGAAGAUUGAAGUCCCCUUGGCUUCAAUUGCGUGGUCUUUCAGUGCAACAAAAAGAGUUAACAGUAGGAAAAUGAUCUGGUUGUUACUGGACACUCAACUUCUUGUGCGAUAUUUAGGACCAGGCAUGAAAUCCAUCCCAGAAGGUCCAUUCCCAGUGGAGGAUUUCUUUGCUGACUGUGCUAAGUCACCUUUGCCCUGAGACCAGGGGCUGGUCUCAGCAUUAUGCACAAGUUGCAUCCCUUCUGUGCUCAAGACAGGGCUUCUCCUUCUGUUGCCUUUCACUCAGUCACAACUAUAUAAAAACCAUCACUGAAUUAAGAAUAAAUUUGUCCCAUUCACUCUUAAAAAAAAAAAGAAAUAGCAUGUUGUGAGUAGGGUGAGUGAGCAAGGGUAGAGCUACUGGAUAUCCAAGAGUGCUUGCAUCUCUUGGGAAGGUUCACUUGAGAGCAUUAAUCCUAGGAACAGAGAGCAUGACCUUUUGAUUUUUUUUUUUUUUUACACUUUCCCAGUGGCCUAAAUUGUUCCAUUAUGGCAAGACUGGAAAUAACCUCUUGAAGUGUCUUUGUUUCUGCACAUUUUUAAAAAUAGAUUUUCUCAGGGGUGACUGAGUGGGCUGAGGCCAAGGGGGCACGGUUCGCUGCAGGGUGACGGGACUGAGCAGCUCCCCAGUCCUGCAGCUGGGCCGUGGGCUCCUCCCCUCAGGUUUGCCUGCAAACCCGGAGGUUUUGUACAGUUUGUCACGUGUCAGUGCCCUUUGCUACUGUUUCUCUUUGUUUAUUAAAUGUGUUUGAAUAACACU